GAAUCUCCUUAUCUCCAGGCUGUGUUAGAUGUUGUGGUGGCCUCAGCUUCUGAGAAUAUAAUGCUGAUAAUAUAGAUCUCAUCUCCAAAGACACUAAUCUAUUCAAUUGUGAGAAGAAAAACUAGCUAAAAAGAGCUCACAGAUCAUGUGUUUUUUCUGUACAGGGUUUUGUACAUAAAAUUCAUUUGUAUCAUGGAUGCACCAAAUGAAGUUUUUGUUAUUUCUUGUUAAGUGAACUCAAAUUAUGCAAAAGACUGCUUUUGCCCAUGACAGAAAACAUCUAAUCUUGCCAUUUCAAGGUAAUCCUGGUUUAGAAGGUAGUCACUGCUGGUUUGAAAUUUAAUUUCUUUGGGGUUCACUCUUCAGUCAUAGCAAAAAUUCACCUUAUCCCCCUUCUUCUAAUCUCAUGUUUCACGUGUGGAAGGACAGGCAAGAAGAUGGCACAGUGCAGAUUGAAGACCACAGAUCCUGGAGCCAGAUUAUCUGGGUUCAGAUGUUAUCUCGGCCGCUUAAUAGGUUUUGCAAUGGAACAGAUAUGGUUGCUGUUGCUUCUAACAAUUAGAGUGCUUCCGGGGUCUGCUCAGUUCAAUGGCUACAACUGUGAUGCCAACCUCCACAGUAGAUUUCCUGCUGAAAGAGACAUCAGUGUCUACUGUGGGGUGCAGACCAUUACAAUGAAGAUUAAUUUUUGCACAGUACUUUUCUCCGGUUACUCAGAAACAGAUCUGGCCCUGAACGGAAGGCAUGGGGAUUCCCACUGCAGGGGUUUCAUCAAUAACAACACCUUUCCUGCAGUGGUUAUUUUCAUCAUCAAUCUCAGCACCUUGGAGGGCUGUGGCAAUAACUUAGUGGUAUCCACAGUUCCUGGAGUCAGUGCUUAUGGAAACACAACUUCAGUACAAAUAGGAAAUAUUUCAGGAUAUAUUGAUACUCCAGAUCCACCAACAAUCAUCAGCUAUCUACCUGGGCUUCUUUAUAAAUUUAGUUGUAGUUAUCCAUUGGAAUACCUGGUUAAUAAUACCCAGCUUGCUUCAUCCUCAGCUGCCAUUUCUGUGAGAGAGAACAAUGGUACAUUUGUCAGCACUUUGAACUUGCUCCUUUAUAACGAUUCAACCUACAGCCAGCAGUUAAUUAUCCCGAGUAUAGGAUUACCUUUAAAAACCAAAGUAUUUGCAGCUGUGCAAGCCACUAAUCUGGAUGGCAGAUGGAAUGUCCUAAUGGAUUAUUGCUACACAACCCCAUCAGGGAACCCAAAUGAUGAUAUUCGGUAUGACCUCUUCCUUAGCUGUGACAAAGAUCCUCAGACCACCGUUAUUGAAAAUGGCAGAAGCCAGCAAGGCCGAUUUUCCUUUGAAGUGUUCCGCUUUGUGAAACACAAGAAUCAGAAAAUGUCCACCGUCUUCCUGCACUGCGUUACCAAGCUCUGCAGAGCUGAUGACUGCCCUUUCCUUAUGCCAACUUGCAGCCACAGAGAAAGGAGGGAUGCCGGGAGGAGGACCACUUGGAGACCCCAGAGCACUUCUGGAAAUGCCAUCCUCUCUGCGGGGCCCAUCAUUACGCGGAGUGAUGAGACUCCAACCAACAAUUCACAGCUUGGUACUCCUAAUGAACCUCCUUUCCAGCUGAAUGCCAUCACCAGCGCACUAAUAUCAGGAAUGGUCAUUCUGGGAGCCAUGAGCUUUUCCCUUCUCCUGUGCUCACUGGUCCUUCUACGCAGGAAGGCACCCACUAGUUUGGUGUUGAAUGGCAUACGGAACCCAGUCUUUGACUGACUGUCACAGGCCCUUGCAGAGAGAAGGCUCACUAACUAUACCAUGUGUGACUGCAGUCAGUGUUCCAUUGGAACUGAACACCAGCCAGCACUUGACAUUUGUAGGUUUGGUAGGUUUCGAGUGUAGCUCUUCAGCAUGAUGCUAGUGAAAAAUUGUUGAUGAUAUUGCUGUUGUCACUUAUGGAUGCGGUCAGCCAUAUUUGUAUGGCACCAAUGACUAUACUGAUGAUAAUAAGCACAUGAUAUUCAGGACUUAGAUCUUACAGGAUGUCAUAUUUUAUUUUAUUUCAAUUUUCUUUUGAUUACUGCUUAUAGAGGUAAAAAAUAGGCAGAGAGAAAAUGAAAUUUGUUAACAUUUUUUCCUAUAAGCAUUACAAUCCAAUGCAAUGGCAUUUAGAGUUGCCGUACUAAAAUUAACAUUGCUUUUCGUUUUGUUCCAGAUAAUUUCAGCUUGGGGAUAUGCUUUAAUUGGAUUGGCCAUUUAGACAUCUGAGAUUUAACUACUCAUUCUAUGACCUCCUGUAUUGCAUGCCUGACAACAUUCAUUUAAAAAAAACCUCUUGGGAAAUAUAUCUUUUUUAAAAAUAUUGAAUUUGUUGGGGUGACAUAAGUUAAUAAAAUUACAUGUGUUUCAGGGGUAUAAUAAAUUAUCUGUAUAUUGUAUUGUGUAUUCAACACUCCAAUUCAAGUCUCUUCCCAUCACCAUUUGUCCCCCAUUUACCCUCUUUUACCUACCCUCACCCUCCUUUCCCUCUGGUAACCUCCAUACUGUUGUCUGUGUCUAUGAGGUUUUUUUUUCUCUUUGAUUAAUCCCUUCCCAUUUUUCACCCAGCUGGGUGGAAAUGUACUGGAGCAUCCAUUUCUGAACAAAUGGUAAAAAUAGUUGUUAACCUUGGAAAGAUACUAAGUGACCCUAGAUCAUUAUUUACUUGGCUGUGAUCAGUUUCCCCUUCUGGGUCUGAUCAGCAUGUGUUGGCUCUCCUGCAGCAGCUGUGCUUCCAGCCCUGAGACAACUGCAAAGAUUAUCCUUAAUUCAAGAACCAUUACAUGGGAAAGCAACCUGCAGCUGUGGGAAGAGAACAUUGUCCCCAAAUAUGAGCAUAGAGUCCUUAUGUAGGUUUUUAACAAUCUCAGUUUGCUAUUUUUCUUCCUAGAACAAAGAGGAAAGAGGUUGUGUUUUUCAGAACUUUAUUGUAGUCUCCAGGGGAAGAAAUGUUCCUUUCCCUACAAAUUUUGAUGCUGGUUAAAACAAACAGCAUGAAAAAGUCUUUCUUUUAUAGUUUUUUGGUUGAAGGUAUCAUAAUUGCCAUAGAAUAUACAGUAUUUUCCUCUCAUAAUAAGCUGCAAGAAGCAUUUGAUUCUUUAUCAAUUUUGCAAAUUUUUUUAAAAAGCCAAGUUGUAAGUAGACUCUGUUCUUCCAAAAAAAGUCAACCUUUCUUUUCUUCAGGCUAUCCACACAAUUGAACAAAUAAAAGAGUUCAAUUACAAACACCAAAUCUUAGAAUUGCUGUUACUUUUAAAAAUUGCUGUAGAAACUAACUUCUAUUCAACAUUUGUGACCUAUUAUUCAGAUCAUUAUGUAAUUUUAGAUUUGUUUCAAAAGAAGUAUAUAUACUCUCAAGUUAAUACAUAAUUAAACCAAUCAUCAAAUCAAAAAGUGUCUUUUCUCCAAUUUGCCUAAAUAAUUCAAAAGAAAGUGUUUAUGUUACAAUAUUUAGCUAUACAAGGUAUGUCCAGAAGAUAUGUAGCCAUGCAGUAUGAAAAUUAGAGGUGUUUAUUGAAGAAGAUACAAGAAACACUGUACACAGGACAAUGAUGCCUCAGUUCCUUCAAAGUAGGCACCUUAGGACCUCACAGAUUUCUCCCAAAAGACAUCACCUGCCCUGUUGUAUUUUUCUGAAUCUCACCAAUGGUCUGAAAUCUCUUUCCUUUCAAAGAUAAUUUUAAUUUUGGGAAAAGCCAAUAGUUGCGGGACACCAGAUUUGGACCAUAGCGGGGCUGAGUCACCUGGGUGAUUUGAUGUUUCCACCAAAAAAUGGCAUGAGAUGUGAGGCAUAAGCAGGUGUGUUGUCAUGAUGAAGCUGCCAAUUAUCUGCAAGUGGCCUUCUGAAUCAUCAGAAUAGUUUCUAUGGAGGAAUGUUCAAGCUUAAGGCAAAAUUUGAUGCAGAUUCUUUGUUCUACUCACUCAGUCAUUUUCAAUGUGAUAACCACACAAUACACAUGCUCACUGAAUGUACUACCACCCCCCUACUGACUAGUACAGUGAAGUUGUCAUUGUUCAUGCAUGUGCAUUCCAGUCCACUCUCCUUGACUUCUAGUUUACAUCAAUGUCACACAAGCUGUUCUUGUUGUAUUCACAAUGGCUGGGCUUCUUCCAGACAGUCCUUGCAUAAUUUCCUCAACUUUCUUUUUCAGGGUGUAGACACAGUCAAAAUGAUAUGGGAUCUGGAAAAUCUCUGGAUAACUUCAACAUAAAAAGGUCUACCACUAAAAAAGUAAAUCUCUGUGUCACUCCAAAAUAACUUUGAUGUGGCCAUUCUGAACUUUAUCUGUGACAACAAAUGUAUUUUAUAAUGUAGG